GAAAAAUGAGGAGGGGUAUUCUCUUGUCUCUAUAGUGUCUCUUCGGAUUAGCUUGUUGACUUAUCUGCCUGCGAGGAUUUCGCAGGGACCAUCUGAUCUAAAGGACGAUGCUGAAACACGGUAGAGGGCGUGAGGCUGUGGACACUAAAACUAAAUUAAAAAUACAACUAGGCCAGCGGUGUGUGUCAAUCAGGGGGCUUCUGCGGGUUGCCGAGUCUAAAUAAUCCCCCUAACCCCGUUCGGCUGUGAGACUGACAGACAGGAAGGCUUGGUCGUGGACGCCGCUCCUCUGCUUGACUCCUUGGAGGAGGCGUCAUCAUGAGGCUCCUGCGCUUUCUGAGGAGCAGCGUGGCCAUUGGGAAGGACAUUGACUUUUAUUCCAGGUUUUCUCCUUCCCCGCUUUCGAUGAAGCAGUUUUUGGAUUUUGGUAAGAGCUGCACAGGCUCAGAAAACGCGUGCGAGAAAACGUCCUUCGCCUUCCUCAGACAGGAGCUGCCCGUGAGGCUGGCCAACAUCAUGAAGGAGAUCAACUUGUUGCCGGACAACCUGCUGGGGACUCCGUCAGUGCGGCUGGUCCAGAGCUGGUACAUGCAAAGCUUCCAGGAUAUCCUCCAGUUCAAGGACAGAAACGCGGACGACGAGAAAGUCACGUACGACUUCACAGACGCCGUGAUACGGAUCAGAAAUCGCCACAACGACGUGAUUCCCACCAUGGCUCAGGGGGUGGUGGAGUACAAGGAGACCUACGGCACCGACCCGGUGGUCAGCCAGAACGUGCAGUACUUUCUGGACCGUUUCUACAUGAGCAGGAUAUCCAUCAGGAUGCUGCUCAACCAGCACACCCUCCUGUUCGGUGGGAAGGUCAAGGUGAAUCCUGCGCACCCCAACCAGAUUGGCAGCAUCGAUCCACACUGUUGCGUCAGUGAGGUUAUCAGAGAUGCUUUUGAGAAUGCGAGAAACCUCUGUGACCGGUACUACAUGAACUCUCCGGAGCUGAUACUGGAGGAAUUCAACGCCAAAGACGAGGGGAAACCCGUCACCGUGGUCUAUGUCCCCUCUCAUCUGUAUCACAUGGUGUUUGAACUGUUCAAGAACGCCAUGCGGGCCACCAUGGAGUUACACGGCGAUGCGAUGGAGUACCCUCCCGUUCAUGCACAGGUUGCUUUGGGAUCUGAGGAUCUCACCGUCAAGGUGAGCGACCGCGGCGGCGGUGUGCCUCUUCGUAAGAUCGACCGAUUGUUCACCUACACGUACUCCACCGCUCCACGGCCCAGUAUCGACGGCUCCCGAGCGGCUCCUCUGGCUGGAUACGGGUACGGCCUGCCCAUCUCUCGACUCUACGCCCGUUACUUCCAGGGCGACCUGAAGCUCUACUCUCUGGAGGGAUAUGGAACCGACGCGGUGAUCUACAUAAGGGCGCUGUCCACAGAGUCAAUCGAGAGGCUGCCCGUGUACAACAAGUCGGCCUGGAAGCACUACAAGACCAUCCACGAGGCCGACGACUGGUGCGUCCCCAGCAAGGAGCCCAAGGACAUGACCACGUUUCGCAGUUUCUGAAGCCAAAGAGUCGAUGUUUGUGCAGCUGUGUGUUUGAAAAAAACAAAAGCUUCUCGUCGCUGACCGUGUGGGCGGUGUGUGUUUUAAAGAAGACGUCCAUCGGGAGGAAAGAUUUGUGCCAUAUUUUAAUAGUUUUGUACGGGACGCAGCAAAUGUAGUGAUUUAGGACCUGUUUUGGUAUAACACAUGAAGUUAUACACCAGUUCUGAGCUCCCGCUGUCAGCUGAAUAAUAUAUAAGCGUUUAGUCCUGAUCAGUUUCUAGUCGCUGCAUGGAGAGCACAACUUUACUCCUGCGCUUCAGCACUAGCACUUCUUUUUGCUUUAAAACGCCAUCGGUAGCUUGAGUUUACUCAGUUUGCAGCUUUUAUCCUGCUUAUCGAAACGUGAGUAGAAUUAGUCUCUUAAGAGGGAAAUAAAAAGUUCUGUAAAUUAGCUGCUUUUUUGGGUUGCGGGACAGUUUAGUUUGAUAUUAAUGGUCUUUCUCUUAAGGGUAGGUAGAGGCUUUACGUAACAGGCAAACCCGCACUGAUUUUUGAUGUAAGACAACUGGGAUCUGUUACAAAUGUCAGAAAAUAUUUAUCGGGGACGUUUUACUGGCGUGUUACUUUUGAUUUGCUCGUUUCAACCAAAAUUCAGCACCUUUUUAGUGAGAUCUUACAAGCAUCCUGUCAUCUCUAACUUAAUGAUGCGGUAUAGAGAGCUGUGUUUGUAUUAGCUUUAGUUCAUUGCUGACAUGUUGCACUAGAAGCACCUAUCUGUACCGUUUUGUAUUGAAAGGUCUAUGCAAACGUAGUAGACAGAGGAUGGAAACGACGCGAGUCUCAGGCUUCAGAGGAGCAGCAACACUCCACUUCGGCGGACUAUUGAGGGCAUUAAAGUGUCCCUGAAUAUGACGUGUGAUGUUCUGUUGUGGGAAAGGCUUGAAUAAAUUAUUUUAAAUGACA